AUGGAGCAGACGCCGUGCCUUCCCCAUGUGCCGGUUCCUUCUAGUUCCACGACAACAAAACAGAAUAAUUCUCCACGUGUUUCCAAUGGGUCAACUACCAUAAAAUAUGAGGACUUUAACUUUGAAUUCAUUCCUGAAGAGAGUAAAUACGAGAAACUGACGAAAAUUGGACAAGGUACUUUCGGGGAGGUGUUCAAAGCGAUAGAUAGGAAAAGUAGAAGACUAGUAGCUAUGAAGAAAAUUUUGAUGGAAAAUGAGAAAGAAGGGUUUCCAAUUACUGCUUUAAGAGAAAUAAAAAUACUACAGCUGCUGCAUCAUGAAAAUGUCCUGAAUUUGGUAGAAAUAUGCAGAACGAGAGCCACUCCUUACAACAGAGGGAUGAGCACUUUCUACAUGGUGUCAGAUUUUGCUGAGCAUGACUUGGCAGGACUCCUCAGCAACACACAUGUCCGAUUCAGUCUGGGAGAAAUAAAAAAGAUUAUGCAGCAGUUAUUAAAUGGUCUAUACUUCAUUCAUGAGAACAAGAUUUUACACAGAGACUUAAAGGCUGCAAACAUACUCAUAACUAAACAUGGUGUGUUAAAGCUGGCAGAUUUUGGCCUCGCUCGUGCAUGGAGUCAACCUCAGCGUAGUAACAAGAACAAAUACACAAAUCGUGUGGUGACGUUGUGGUACCGACCUCCAGAGUUGUUGCUUGGGGAAAGAAACUAUGGACCAAUCAUAGACCUGUGGGGUGCAGGAUGCAUUAUGGCUGAACUAUGGACACGCACACCAAUCAUGCAAGGAAAGACUGAACAAAAUCAGAUGUUCCUGAUCUGCCAGUUGUGUGGCUCUAUUACCACUGAUGUCUGGCCAAAUGUGGAUAAAUACGAUCUCUUCGCUCAGAUGGAACUACCUACUGGUCAAAAACGCAAAGUCAAGGAAAGACUCAAAGCUUAUGUUAAAGACCAAUAUGCUCUUGACCUCAUUGACAAACUUUUGGUACUUGACCCCUCAAAGAGGUAUGAUGCUAACACGGCCCUUAACCAUGAUUUCUUCUGGACAGAGCCUGAACCAAUUGACCUGGCCAAAACUUUAUCAAAGCACACAACAUCCAUGUUUGAAUACCUAGCUCCACCUCGAAGAGGCGUUCAACAAGGUCAUCGCCCCCACCAGCCACAGAUGCACCGACCUGUACAUAACAAUGAUCAGCAUUUUGACCAAGUUUACUAAUGUAAUAGUUUAAUCUGUUAGUCUACCUCACCAUGUGUUUACUUCUAGUCUGUAACAAAUCGGGUUCAGUAUGGUGUUCAACAUUCCAACAUAUAUAGUAAUUUAUUCUGUUAUGUGUAAUAAUCACACUUUGUCAAUAAUCAAAUUAUCAUAUUUUGAAAAAGCCAUUAGCAUUUGAAUCAGUCUUUCAUAAAUGAGAUGAAAGAAUAUUUCUUAUUUAUGGGGUCCAAGAGCGUAAGGUCAAUGUCAAGUUUAUUUUUAUUCACUAAUGAACAAUUGGUCUGAAUUAAAGGGUAAUUAAGUUAAUUGAAGAAAGAUCAAGUUUACUAGAUUAUAGUUUGUUUGUUGGAUUUAAUUAACAUCUAAUGAACAGAUAGUGUUAUGUUGAGGAGCAGACUUCUUUUAGUAGUUUAAGUGGCUCCCUCAAAGUACAAUAUAGGAGAGGCCUGUCACAUACCAUCCAGAAAAAAUAGGAUUAAGUGUCUUUCUGAAGUGACUGUUUCUUAGCUUCUCAAGAACCACAAGCAGCCACGGGUUGAGAGUAUUGAACCACUCACCUGAGAUCUUCACUUGAGGUUAUGUGGCCAACAAUCUAACCAACUGAGCUAUCACAGCCCCUCACUGGAUUAAAGGUCAAGGUCAUUUGGGUCCAAAGUUAAAAGAAAAAGUGGAUCUCUGACUAUGACCUUGGCUUUUGUUGGAAUAGGCUUUGAAAUAAAACAAAUCAAAAUAAACAAAUGAAGAUUUCACCAGUAUUUACAUUUAUGUUAGCCCAGCAAAUAUGGAGUUGGAAGGAAACAAGAGUUUGAUCAUGGUAAAUGUGAAAUGUUUAUUUAGGUUUAUUGUGAUUUUUUUAAGUUCAAAUAUCAAAUGUCAGCUAAAGCUAUAUUGGCAGAUGUCUUUUUGAUGGUUAUUUGGAUUUUUUUAUGAUGUCGUGUCUGUGUUCAAGUUUGAAAUUAAUUAUGUACAUUUGGCCCAGGUUUUCCUGGAUAAAUGGAAAUUGUAUUAACUGCUCAAGUUUCUCUGAUCGACCUUUACAAAUCUUAAAACAUCUUGUAUACUUAACAUCCAAAGGAAUUUGAUUUUGUUGAUGGCCUCAUUGUUUAGUAAUUGUUAACAGCUGUGUGUUCUCAUUUCAUUUGACUUAUUAACUGUUACAAGGUUUUAUCGAUAUCUUCCUUUUGUAGGCAUUACUGAAUUGGGAUAACGUUGCAAGUUUGAUAUUGAUUAAUUUGUGACGAUUUAUUAAUUUAGAGUUGUCAUGCAUUAAUGAAGAGGUUUAGCUAAGACUUACUCAUUAUCUGAAAAAAAUAAAUCAUCUUGACCUACUUUCAAAGUCACAGAACUUGAAACUAUUUCUUCUGAAUAUUAAGGAUGAUGAUAAUGGACUUAGCAGCAUCCUUGGACAUAAGAGUACCAAUUGUGUUCAAUAAUACUUGGCUUACAUUCAAGGUCACAUGUGUCGGAUGUGUUUUACAUUUUUUUUAUCUAAAUAAGCAAGAGAGCUGGGUUCAUGAUAUGGACCAGGAAUUGCUGGGUUGAUAGGCUGCAUCUAGUGUAGCCUCCUCCCAUAUCAAAAUCAAGACAUAUUAAGCUUAGCAGCAUAAAUAACACGCAUCAACUUUUAAAGUUGAACUUGUAGCAGGUGAGUGAUACAGGUCCAUUGGGCCAUUUGCUUUUUGUUAAAUGAUAGAUAUUGUCCAUUUCUAAGGUAUGAUAUGCCAUUGGAAAAGUUUGAAUAUUAUUCCAGUAUUAUGCUGGGAUGAAGUGCUUUCAAGUAAGUUUGUGAAAAUGAAUGGUAUAGAGUCCAGAUGGCACGUCUAUUUUAGAUGUUUAAAUAAUCAGGUCUAAAGUUAUCCUUGUUAAUAUGAACUUAAUUUCAUUCAUAAUUCAACAUUGAGUUCAUAACAACACAUAGUACAGUACAAAAGAAUAUGAUGUGGAAACAUUAAGUUGUAGCAACUUAUAUAAAUAUGUUUCCUAAUUUUCCUGCAUGUUUGUAAUGAAUUAAGAUGACUAAUUAUAAAUAAUAACACAGACAAGAGAUACAGGCAGAUUGGGCCUCUUGUUAUAAUAAUUUAAUAAGUAAUAAUAUAAGUAUUACUGUUUUUGUCUUCUGCUACUCAAGGUAGGAUUAGAUUUUAUAUUUUGAUUUCUCAUGGCAGAUAAGAUUUUGUCCAUUUUGGAUUUUGCCUCCUCUAAUAAGUUUUUA